UCCUGCCGCCGCGGCUGCCGCUGGAGCCGGUGUCCGGGCUGGUGAUGGGGUUAAUUCCCUUCCGUGAGACUCUUCCUUGCAACCAGCUGGCCCCGCCGUCGCCCCGCCGCGCCGCGCUCCCGCCACCUCCUCCUGCUCCUUCUCAGUAACGCGGCCUUGCAGAGACCACGUCAGUCAAGAACAUAAGGAGAACUCACAGUGAUGGACCUUUAGGAGGCUACCUCUAUACCAACAGUACAUUCUCAUCCACAGGUUCUAGUGUUUAUUUUCCUAUACUGGAACUCAAGGCCACUGAAAGGUAUGAUAUAUUUGAUCCAAGACAGUCCAUUUCAGCCCAGGAAUCUACAGUGGUGACAAGGACAUGGGACUCCUCCCGACAGAUUACUGUUGGUUCAAUACAAUUGACAUCCUGGCUGACAACUGUGAAAAGGAACCUUGGGUUAUUUUAUUUUGUUUUUGUGGAACACCACAAUCCCAGAUCCAUAAGACACAUCAGGCUUCAAGUUCCCUGUAGAUUUCUAAAAUAACCUUUGCUAAUGAGGAUGUCUGAUAUUGUUAUUAUAAAAGAUGAAACUGAAACAAUGAAGGAUUUGGAGGCAGAAGUAAGAGAUACAACAAGAGUUGAAAAUCUUAUCAAAUCAGAAAACUGUGGGAAGAUUUUGGCAGAGAAGAAUGAACAUUGUAUUGACAACAGUAUUGAUUUGCAGCGGCCCCUGCAGUCAUUUGGACAGACAGGAAAAAGGUCUAAGUCAAGCUCAAAGUUAAAGCUAGUUCGGAGCCUUGCAGUAUGUGAAGAAUCUCCACCACCCCCUGCAGCAGAGAUAUCACAGGAAACCCAGGAAAAAUUUCAAAUCCAGUUAACACAAUCAUUUGAAAAAGAGGAAAAGCUAUCAAAAGAUGAAACAGAUAAAGAAAAAGCCAGUGAUAAGUUGCCCAGAAAAAUGUUAUCAAGAGAUUCCAGUCAAGAAUACACUGAUUCAACUGGCAUAGAUCUACAUGAAUUUUUAGUAAAUACAUUAAAAAACAAUCCCAGGGACAGAAUGAUGCUGCUGAAAUUGGAACAAGAAAUUUUAGAUUUCAUUGGUAAUAAUGAGUCCCCACGUAAGAAGUUUCCCCCAAUGACAUCUUACCACAGGAUGCUGUUACACAGAGUGGCUGCCUACUUUGGACUAGACCACAAUGUUGAUCAGAGUGGGAAGUCUGUCAUAGUGAACAAAACUAGCAACACAAGAAUACCUGAUCAGAAAUUUAAUGAACAUAUUAAGGAUGAUAGAGGCGAAGACUUUCAGAAACGAUACAUCCUUAAAAGAGAUAACUCUAGCUUUGACAAAGAUGAUAGCCAGAUGCGAAUACGUUUAAAAGAUGACAGAAGAAGCAAAUCAAUAGAAGAAAGAGAAGAAGAAUACCAGAGAGCUAGAGACCGAAUAUUUUCCCAAGAUUCUCUGUGUUCCCAAGAGAACUAUAUUAUUGACAAAAGAAUCCAAGAUGAGGACACUAGUGGUACCCAGCAGAGGCGCCAGAUAUUUAGAGUUAAUAAAGAUGCUUCAGGGAGAUCAACAAACAGCCAUCAGAGCAGCACUGAAAACGAAUUGAAAUACACAGAGCCACGACCCUGGAGCAGCACAGAUUCAGACAGCUCCCUCCGGAACCUGAAACCGGCAGUAACCAAAGCCAGCAGCUUCAGCGGAAUCUCGGUCCUGACAAGAGGUGAUAGUUCUGGAAGCAGCAAAAGCAUAGGCAGGCUUUCAAAAACAGGAUCUGAGUCUUCAGGUAGCGUAGGGUCCUCCACAGGCUCUCUUUCUCACACCCAGCAGCCUCUCCCAGGCUCUGCUCUUAGCCAGUCUUCUCAUGGCACACCUGUCGUCUACCCAGCAGCCAGCACUCACAGCUCUCUUUCCUUUGAUGGUGGCCUCAGUGGGCAAGGUGCAUCUCCUAGCACUAGCUUCCUUUUGCUUCCCUUGGAAGCCGCUGGCAUACCACCUGGCAGCAUUCUGAUCAACCCACAGACAGGUCAGCCCUUCAUAAACCCGGAUGGAAGUCCAGUUGUGUACAAUCCUCCUAUGACUCAGCAGCCAGUUCGAACCCAAGUGCCUGGUCCCCCACAGCCACCUCUGCCACCCCUACCACCUCAGCAGCCAGCCGCCAGUCACAUGUUCUCACAGCCUGUUGGUCCUCUGCAGUCCUCUUCUCAGCCUGUUCAGUGCUCUCCAGCCCCCUACCCAUCCCCGCUCCUGCCAGUCUCACCCACCCAGCAGUACUCCGUGGAUAACCUUGGCUCUCAGUUCAGCCACAUGAGUCUUGCCCGCCAGCCAUCAGCUGAUGGUUCGGACCCUCACGCCACCAUGUUCCAGUCCACUGUUGUUCUACAGUCUCCGCAACAGUCUGGUUACAUCAUGACGACAGCACCCCCACAUCCUCCACCGCCACCUCCACCACCUCCACCUCCUCCUUCCCUACCACCUGGGCAGUCGGUCCCCACUGCCAGUUUUUCUGCCUCUGGGCAUCCUGUCAGCCAGCCUGUGCUUCAGCAGCAAGGGUUUCUUCCUCAGCCCUCACCACAGAUGCCAGCCUGUUACUGUGCUCCAGGCCACUAUCACUCCAGCCAACCUCAGUACCGCCCUGUCCCUUCUGUCCAUUACAGUUCACAUCUAACCCAACCACUGCCACAGCCUGCACAGCAGACAGGUUAUCAAGUUAUGCCUAACCAGCAGCAAAACUACCAAGGAAUAGUUGGAGUUCAGUCACCCCAGAGCCAGAGCCUCAUGGGAGGCCAGCCAAACAGCACUGGAACUCAUAUCCAAGGAGUGGUCAUUCCCUAUCCUUCAGUGCCAUCAUAUCAGGUUUCACUGCCUCAAGGUUCUCAAGGAAUCGCCCAUCAGACUUACCAACAGCCUGUUGUGUUCCCUCAUCAGUCUAAUCAAGGAUCUCUGCCCACAACAGGAAUGCCGGUCUACUACAGUGUGGUUGCACCUGGCCAGCAAAGCAGCGGAAGCUCUGCGGUCGGUUACUUACAACAUCCAGGGUCAGAACAAGUUCAGUUUCCUCGAACCACGUCACCAUGCAGUUCUCAACAGCUCCAAGGCCACCACUGUGCAGCCCUGCCACAGCAGCCCCCUGGUGGAGGAAUGGUGAUGAUGCAGCUCAACCUGCCAAAUACUCCACAGUCUCGUGCACACUCGCCGCCACAGUGGAAACAAAACAAACACUGCUGUGACCCUCAGAGAGGGCAGAAGUGUGUGGGAUUCAGCAACAUAGAUAACAUUGCUCAGCCCAGCCCUCAGCUCAGCAGCCCCAUCAUUUCUCCAGUGCAGUCACCAGCACCAGCUCAGCUGUCCGCCCUAAAGACCAUCCGUCCCUCAGGACCGCCACUUUCCAUCAUGUCCCAGUUCGCUAGACCUCUUGUUCCUGGGCAGGGAGAUGCCAGGUAUCCGCUGCUUGGCCAACCCCUGCAGUACAACCCUCCUACUCUUCUGCAUGGACACAUUCCACACCAACAGGGUCAGUCUGGCAGCAGGCAUGGAAACCGUGGACGGAGACAAGCUAAGAAAGCUGCAUCCACAGACCUUGGAGCCGGAGAGGCAGUUGUUGGCAAGGUCUUGGAAAUCACUGAACUACCGGAUGGAAUAACUCGAAUGGAAGCUGAGAAGCUUUUUGGGGAACUCUUUAAAAUUGGCGCCAAGAUCCGAUGGCUCCGGGACCCCCAGUCUCAGCCCCAGCUACGUCGUCAUCCUCUCUGCUGUGGCAGUGGGGAUAGCACUGUCAACCCUGAGCGCUCUAAACCCAGUGACCUGGCCUCUACAUACACUGUCCUAGCCACGUUCCCCUCCAUUUCAGCUGCACAGAGUGCACUGAAGAAGCAGAUCCAUUCAGUGAACAAGUUUAAGCUGAGAAUGAGCAAGAAGCACUACGACUUCCACAUUUUGGAAAGGGCGAGUUCUCAGUAAACCAGCCGCUACCUUUGGACCCCUUACUGUAUAAUUCCCUGCCCUCUCCCAUCUGAUUGGCUUGUUAAGUGGAGCAUAUGUUAAUAUAGAGACUGCUGAGGUGUGUGGCCUGGUGUUACAGCUUUUGGAAGAAAGUCCAGGGACCCAGAAAAGGGAGGGGAGAGAUACACAUUUUACCCCAGGGACUAUAGGAAUCCACACAGAAAUGAUACAGAGUUAACAGCUUUUCUAAGGAAAUGCUGUUUGGAUGCCUCCUAACUUUUAUAGUUAUUUUGUUUUAUAUUUCUGAAUUCUUGUAUCAGAUCCAAAGCUCUAUUGUACAGCAAAUUAUUCUUCAAAGUGAUUAUAACCAGUUGCAACCUGUAUUUCUUUUUGCAGCCAGCACAGUAUGAACCAGCUCAGACUUUGGGAGAAAAAGAAUGCAGGAGUGGAAUAGCCAAGUCAAAACCAUGUCAAAACUGUCCUUUGGGGGUGCUGAGGGUGCUAAGGAGACCCACAAAUAGACGAUUACUCCUCCACUUAAUUGCUAAACACAGAAGAAUUCCAGGAAACCCAGAACUCCCCGACAGGGUCCUUCCUUCUUCAUUUAGGUAGUAUGGCUGUUAAGUGUAAGGUAAAUUAUGUUCUCAAUGCCUCUUAAUCAAACCACUUAGGUUAAAAAAAAAUAGGAAUCAUCCUAGGCAGGAAAAUUAUUCCACUUUUUUUUUUUUUUUUUUAAGUGUCCUUCCAAUAACUAAAUGCCACUCAUCUGCAUUCUCCUCUUGUGAUAUUUUGUCUCCUGAGGAAAUGUGUUUGACGAGUGCUGAGAACUUCUUAAUGGUUUAAAUUUUGUUUUCAUUGUUUGCAGCGGAUUACUGGACAUCAAAGAUCCAUUGCACUUAUGAACAAGGAACGUUAUUUUCCAUUUCUGUGUAAUUUUGCAAGGCUGUACAAUGUGCUGAUGCAAGCCUUUUCAGUUCAAGAGAAUAAAUGUUUACAAAUGUAAA